CCAUGUGGCUCUCCCCACGCUCCAGGCGCGCGCCCGGCGCCCAACGCCAUGUGUGUUUGUCAAACCAUGGAAGUGGGCAAGUACGGCAAGAACGCCACCCACUCGGGAGACCGGGGGGUCCUGCUGGAGCCUUUCAUCCACCAGGUGGGCGGCCACAGCAGCAUGAUGCGCUACGACGACCACACCGUCUGCAAGCCCCUCAUCACCCGGGAGCAGCGCUUCUAUGAGUCCCUGCCCCCAGAAAUGAAGGAGUUCACGCCCGAGUACAAAGGGGUGGUGUCCGUCUGUUUCGAGGGGGACAGCGACGGCUACAUCAACCUGGUGGCUUAUCCCUACGUGGAGAACGAGGCCCUGGAGGCGGACGAGGCGCCCGAGAGGGACCAGCCGCGCCGCAAGCACUCGCGCCGCAGCCUGCACAGAUCCGGCAGCGGCGCCGAGGACAAGCCCGGCCUGGCCAGCGACGCCACCGAAAGCAGCAUCCAGGAAGCGAAGAGUCCCAGGGUGGACUUGCACAUCCAUUCAGAUGUUCCGUUUCAGAUGUUGGAUGGGAACAGCGGGCUGAGCUCGGAAAAGAUCAGCUACAACCCCUGGAGCCUGCGCUGUCACAAGCAGCAGCUGAGCCGCAUGCGAUCGGAGUCCAAGGACCGCAAGCUCUACAAGUUCCUGUUGCUGGAGAACGUGGUGCAUCACUUCAAGUUUCCCUGCGUGCUCGACCUCAAGAUGGGCACCAGGCAGCACGGCGAUGACGCCUCGGAGGAGAAGGCCGCUCGGCAGAUGAAGAAGUGUGAACAGAGCACUUCGGCCACCUUGGGGGUGCGCGUGUGUGGGAUGCAGGUCUAUCAGCUGGACACGGGGCACUACCUCUGCAGGAACAAAUACUACGGCCGCGGCCUUUCCAUCGAGGGCUUCCGCAACGCCCUCUACCAGUAUCUCCACAACGGCCUGGAGCUGCGCAGGGACCUCUUUGAGCCUGUCCUCGCCAAACUGCGCAGCCUGAAGGCGGUCCUGGAGCGGCAGGCCUCCUACCGCUUCUACUCCAGCUCCCUGCUCAUCAUCUACGACGGGAAGGAGAGCCGGGCGGCGCCGUUCGCCGAGCGGCGGCCGGAGCCGCGCGCCAAGCGGGGGGACAGCGCCCUCGGCGAGGGCCUCCCGGCCGGCGGCGCCCCCGAGGCCGGCCCCUCGGGCCCGCCCAAGGUGGACGUGCGAAUGAUUGACUUUGCCCACAGCACCUUCAAGGGCUUCCGCGACGACCCCACCGUGCACGACGGACCCGACGUGGGCUACGUGUUCGGGCUGGAGAGCCUCAUCAACAUCAUGGAGCAGAUGCGCGAGGAGAACCAGUAGCCUUGGGCUGCGGCCUCCCCUUGGCGUGCUGGCGGCGGGAGCAGCUAAGGCCACCUCCUCCCCCGGGGAAAAAGCGGACAACUUUGGGUUUUAAACACUUGGCAUUGCUCCCUUGUUUUUUACAUGCCCUUGAAUAGAAGAGCUAAGGGGAGGCAGGAUGGAGGAGCUCCUGGCGCCUGCCCCGGGGCUUUGACCGCACUGGCUCUGCCGCCCGGAGGAGACUCCCCGCUGGGCACGGCGCUUCGCCCGUGCAUCCCGCAGGGAGCACCUGGACGU